GAAAAAAGGAAUACGGAUGGAGGUGGUUUCGAUUGGCGUAGAAAACAAAUAAAUCCAGGUUUCAAAUGUCUGAAGACCUUUACGAGAAGUUCCUUGCUCCAGAGGAGCCUUUUCCGUUGCUGUCACAACGGGGGAACCUGAGCGAGGAUGGCACAUUGGACGUUAGUGACUUUGGCUGUCAGUUGUCCUCUUGUCAUCGGACAGAUCCACUUCAUCGCUUUCAUAGCAACAGGUGGAAUCUGACCUCCUGUGGUACGAGUGUUGCAAGCUCUGAGUGCAGUGAGGAACUCUUCUCCUCUGUCUCUGUUGGGGACCAAGACGACUGUUAUUCCCUUUUGGAUGACCAGGAAUUCACCUCCUUUGACCUGUUUCCUGAAGGCAGUGUGUGCAGUGAUGUGUCCUCUUCAAUAAGUACAUAUUGGGAUUGGUCAGACAGCGAAUUUGAGUGGCAGUUACCAGGAAGUGACAUCGCCAGUGGUAGUGAUGUGCUGUCAGACAUCAUACCCAGUGUACCCAGCUCCCCCUGCCUUGUGUCCAAAAGAAAGUCUAAGCCUCACAGGAACUUGGAUGAGCUGCCAUGGAGUGCUAUGACCAACGAUGAACAGGUUGAAUAUAUUGAGUACUUGAGCCGGAAAGUGAGUACUGAGAUGGGGUUGCGAGAGCAGCUGGACAUUAUUAAGAUCAUUGACCCGAGUGCACAGAUUUCUCCCACAGACAGUGAGUUUAUCAUCGAGCUGAACUGCCUCACGGAUGAGAAACUCAAACAGGUGAGGAACUAUAUCCGGGAGCACAGUCCACGGCAGAGGCCAAGCAGCACACGGGACAGCUGGAAACGGAGUGUGGCCAGUAGUGCCAGCACUAGUGGUGUGAGUGCUCAUAGCAGCAGCAACGCUAGCAUGGUGAGCAGUGCCAGCAGCAGCACCAGCUCUACUGGCUCCAACUCGUCCACCAAUAUUAGCCGAGCUCACAGUGAUGGGAACUUGGCCACUGCUGCUGAACGCAUUCGAGAUUCCAAGAAACGAUCAAAGCAGAGGAAGUUACAGCAGAAAGCACUGCGCAAAAGACAGCUAAAGGAACAGAGACAAGCUCGCAAGGAGAGGCUGAGUGGUCUUUUCCUUAAUGAAGAGGUGCUGUCACUAAAAGUCACUGAGGAGGAGGACCAUGGUGACGAUGUUGAUGUCUUGAUGUGACAAGAGUGAAUCAGUCAGUGUUCCCUCUAAGCCUUUAGUCUUUCACACUCACACUCUUUCCACCAUAUCUCAUUUACAGCUUUGCAGAGCUUAUUUAGUGUCCUGUACCAUUGUCAUGUGAAGAGGUAGACAGUCCUCCUCCUCCUCCUCCUCCCUGGGGGUGGCAGCUUAAGGAGAGUUCUGUUCCUGUCCUAGUCAAACACAGCUGAACUUUGGCUGGUGAAAGCCUCAGUUUUCAUAAUUUAGACACAUGGUUGAUUAAGGCCGGAAUAAAGUCUUACAGGAGUCUGCCCCUACAGGAGAAGCACUGCCUACUCUAAAUUAAAAUGAUCCUGUUUUUGUUACAGUCAAAAGAAAAAAAAAAAAAAAAACAUAAAUAAAAAGUAACAGAACAAUUUCUGAGUGUUAGUGACAGCGUGGAAGCACAACCAGAACUGUAGCUUCAAUUACGGUUGUUAAAUCUGAACUCACGGAUGAUGCGGAAUGAAAAGCAGGAUUUCGGUGGUAUUGUGAAAAGCCAAGCACUUAUUCGUAUUUAAGAUUUUUGCGUUCCUGCUCAAAGCUUGAUCCAGCUGACAAAGCACGCCACAAAUUUUUGAAUCAAUAAAAAUAGAUAGUUUGUAGGGACUUUUCUUUGGCUGGCUUUUUAAUUUAAUAAUGCAGAUAUUUAAGAUCUCAUUUGAUCCACUAGGCCUAGGGGGAACACUGAAAACCUGCAUUAAGCCAUCGUUUCACUCCAUCGCUCCACAGUUCGUUGAUUUAUAGAGGCUUAAAUUACUUAGUGAUCAGUUUUUGUCUGUUUUGUUAAUGUAACACUAAGAUGAUGUGUGUUGUACUUGAGGCUUAUCCAUGUUUCCUUGAAAUUUCAAAGUAGGUGUCUCAUGAUGUUGUCUUCAGAGGUCACUGAUUUUACCGAAGAGUAAAAGUACAGCUGUGACACAUCACAAGUACAGCUGUGACUGUGUUUUGUUAAAGUUAUGCUCAAAAUGUCUUGAAAUGUCUGUCUAAUAAUCCGAAUGUACCUGCUAGUACAGGUUCAUGUUUAAACAGUUGUAAUGGAACAUUAUGGACCCACUCCAGUGAAUACACAGCUCUGUGAAAAUGGAAAAUCACAAGGAACACCUACAGACUUUGUUUAUGUAAAACUCUGCUACUGUAAAUGUUCAUAACACAUUUAAUUUUUUUAAUGAAAUGGAUGAUGAAAUCUGUCUUCUCUGCCCAAAUCCAUUGAGGGGACCUUUUAAGUGUGCUUAGAAGUGGUUGCAUCCCUUGCUUAAGUAGGCAUUGAAAAUUGUAAAUAUAAAGAUUGUAUUUUCUUUUGCUCUUCUCCUUGUAUAGUUGUACUGUGGUGCAUGUACAGCAAAAACUCCUAUAGGUGUGAGGUUAAGAGUUAAACUGCAGGAUUACAUCUGAAGUGAAUGCUUUUUUUCACCUCCUUGGUAUUUCUGGAUUGGAAAGUGUUUUGUGAUACUUUAGUUUUCUUUGUUUUUGAAUAUUUUCUUUUGGGUUAUCCUGUGGAGAUAUUGAAUCUCUGAAAAUGAAACACUUGAUCCUUAAAGCUGAACAUUAGGAGCGCAUUUGCCUGAAGCUUCUGUGUGUGCUGUAGAUCUCACGUUGUCUAUUUGCUAAAGGAAAUCAUUAUUUUAAUAUUUUGAAAACAGUAUAUUGGGGAGUACAAAAAAAGGCAUUGUCACUAGAUCUUUAUUUUCAAGAAAAUCAGACCAGUAGUCACGGGGCAGUAGAGCAAUUACUGUAAAUAUUGUACCUAAAUCGUUUAUUUAGAAUAAGCCAUUGUAAAGUUUUGGUUGAUGGACCAAGACAUAAAUUAUAUGUAAAUGCAAGUUUCCUAAAAUUACUUAGGAUUUGUUCUACUUCAGCUGCAGUAUUUUAUAACACUUAAAUCAUGGCAAAGGUAUUUACAAAGAGCUCAGAAGUCCCAGGGCAAAAUAUAUAUUGAAUCUUCCUUGAACUGAACUAUUGUAUCUGAUCCACACUACUGACUUGUUGGAAUUUAAUUUCAAAAUAAGAAAUAAAUGUAC